UUCUCUCAUCAUUAUCAAGAAUAGUCAAAAGAUUCAAAGCAAAGCCACGUAAUCUUUCUAAUACUAAUGGUAUAUACGACUUUUCAUAUCAUGGGUUGUGACCAUUAGAGAGUAGAUAUUACAGUCCAGAUUCCAUAUCUUGUGGCUCUGACUAAAGAAUCUGUGGUGUGUAUAAGAGGCAUCUACUGCUUUUCUUUCUGGGUACAUAGGAUGAACUGUGAAGUACCAGUGUACUAUUAGCUCUACCUCAAGUUCUGAGUUGAUUGGCUUUUGAGUAAAUCCCCUAAAAAGAGUGAGCAAACACAAGAAGUUUCUGAAAAACCAUGGGAGAAGAUGAUGAUAAGUACACGAAAGAUGGGACUGUAGAUCACCAUGGAAAUCCAGCUGAUAAAACCAAAACUGGAACCUGGAAGGCCUGUCCCUUUAUUCUUGGAAAUGAAUGUUGCGAAAGAUUGGCAUACUAUGGGAUGAGCACCAACCUGGUGCUUUACUUUAAGAAUCGACUAAAUCAGCACAGUGCUACUGCUUCUAACAAUGUCUCGAAUUGGAGUGGAACAUGCUACAUCACCCCAUUGAUCGGCGCAUUCAUUGCUGAUUCCUACCUUGGAAGAUAUUGGACUAUUGCCAUUUUCUCCAUCAUCUAUGUUUUCGGGAUGACACUUUUGACACUGUCAGCAUCAGUCCCUGGCCUAAAGCCAACGUGUUCUGGAAAAGAAGAUUGCCAUGCAACAGUUACACAAACUGCAGUGUGUUUUCUAGCACUUUACCUGAUUGCACUUGGCACUGGUGGGAUUAAACCUUGUGUCUCAUCAUAUGGAGCUGAUCAAUUUGAUGAUUCCGAUGAGAAUGAGAAGAAACACAAAUCGUCUUUCUUCAACUGGUUCUAUUUUUCAAUCAAUGUUGGUGCUCUCAUUGCUUCUUCCUUGUUGGUCUGGAUACAAGACAAUGUAGGUUGGGGAUGGGGCUUUGGCAUCCCAGCAGUGACCAUGGCAAUUGCUGUAGUGAGCUUCUUUUCAGGUACAAGGUUGUAUAGGAACCAGAAACCUGGGGGUAGCGCUCUGACACGAAUGUGUCAGGUGGUGGUAGCAUCCAUUAGAAAAUACCGGGUUGAAGUACCUGCUGACAAGUCUGUUGUUUUGUAUGAGACUGCUGAUGCAGAAUCUGCUAUUAUAGGAAGCCGCAAGCUUGAGCGCACAAAAGAUUUCAAGUUCUUUGACAAGGCAGCCGUGGAGGUACCAACAGAUGACAUAAAGGUUCCAGCAAACCCAUGGAGACUUUGCACAGUUACCCAAGUUGAGGAGCUGAAAGCCAUUAUACGGUUGCUUCCUAUAUGGGCCACGGGUAUCGUCUUUGCCACUGUCUACGGUCAGAUGGGCACCUUAUUUGUGUUGCAAGGCAACACCAUGGAUAUUCACGUUGGUCCCUCUAACUUCGAGAUCCCACCAGCAUCUCUUUCAAUAUUCGACACACUUAGUGUCCUUUUUUGGGUCCCAGUCUAUGAUCGAAUCAUUGUCCCAGUUGCUAGAAAAUUCACUGGUCACAAAAAUGGCCUAACUCAACUCCAGAGGAUGGGCAUUGGCCUCAUCAUAUCCAUCUUUGCCAUGGUAUCUGCAGCAAUUUUGGAACUUGAAAGACUCAAGACUGUUAGAAAGCACAACUACUAUACACUUGAGCACAUUCCUAUGUCCAUCUUUUGGCAAGUUCCUCAGUAUUUCCUCAUAGGGUGUGCAGAAGUUUUCACAUUCAUUGGGCAGUUGGAGUUUUUUUAUGAGCAAGCACCCGAUGCCACAAGGAGCUUGUGCUCUGCUCUCUCACUAACCACUGUGGCACUAGGGAACUACUUGAGCACUCUACUUGUAACCAUUGUUACCAAAGUGAGUACUAGGCAUGGGAAGCUUGGAUGGAUACCGGACAAUUUAAAUUAUGGUCGUGUCGAUUACUUCUUUUGGCUCUUGGCCGUGCUGAGUGUGCUGAAUUUGGGAGUUUUUCUCCUCAUUGCAAAAUGGUACACAUAUAAAAAGCCAUUGGGGACUCUCCGUUGAUGGGUUACUCUGGUGGUUGAAUUGAAGCGCUUGUAUUGUAUAUAUGGUCUGCUUCAUUUUCUUAUGCAUGCAAUACUAUUGGAGGUUACCUUCAAACAUCUCACUCUUUGUAUUGUUUUCAUUAGAUAAUAUGUAAAAUUGAAUCAAAUAGGAUGAACAAAAGAAAGUGAACUACAAUUUAAAUUAAUCCAAUGUAUCUCCCUUCAUUUAUCAAUGUACCAGAAGAACUGUUUCUUAACA